GGUGCGUGAGCGGCCGAGAAACCAAAUAUGGGCCUCCUUUCAGCUCUGACUCAGGGCCUGGUCCGAGGGGCAGACAGAAUGAGCAAGUGGACAAGCAAGCGUGGCCCCCGGACCUUCUACAAAGGUCGUGGGGCCAAAUUCACCGGCUUUUCUAAAAGUGGGAAGUUUGUGAUGGUGAAGGAAAUGGUCCCUGAGUUUGUGGUUCCGGAUUUGACGGGUUUCAAACUCAAGCCUUAUGUGUCCUAUCGAGCUCCAGCAGGCACAGAUGAACCACUGACAGCUAAGCAGCUCUUUAUGGAAGCCGUAGCACCUUCAAUUGAAAAGGACUUUAAAGAAGGAACUUUUGACCCUAACAACUUGGAAAAGUAUGGCUUUGAGCCCUCUCAAGAAGGCAAGCUUUUCCAGCUGUAUCCUAAAAAUUAUGUGCAAUAAAAAUAAAUGUUUGACCUCUAAAAAAAAAAAAGAAAAAAAGAAA